AUGAGUAACACGCCGAUUUUUAAAGCCUUUUGUUGGUAUGGCUAGGAUAUAUGAAUUUUUUCACUCCUUUGAAAAGUUUCCCCAAAAUCUGUUAUUUAUCAGUAGCCUAACCAUCAUAAAUUAUCAACAUUUUUGUUUUGGAAAGCUCGAGUCUCGGAACCAAGUCUCUGCCGCGUUGUUUGCAGCCGACUUGUUUUUGUGAACGCACCAGUGUCGGGCGACAACAGCUUAAACGGGAAGGAAAAUCAGGUAUUAGAGCAACAAAGCGUCUAGAAAUAUGUGUCAUUCGUUUGUUUAAGGUAUAAUUGUUUUAAAAGUCUUGACAUCAACGUGAAAAUGCCUGACAUGAUUUAAACGUCUUCAGGAGCAGCUAGCUAGUUGAGGUUAGCCACCGUGUUUCCUAAAUGAAGCUAACUGAAGCUAGCCCACAGAUUGAUGCAGAAAUAUUCGGUUUUAAUGAUGAAUAACAACGACUUUUGCUUCAUUUUGUCUUUUUAAUCAAUACAACAGACUUUCAAUGAGUGUUUCGUUGCAGUGGCAUCUUUAGCUUUCCAGUUGAAUAGUCGAAAUUUAUGAAAAACAUUCAAACCUUCUCCUCCCUGUCUGUGGGCUGUCAGCUGUCCGUGUCUCGGCUCAGGUCAUGGAGUUUGCAGAGUUGAUCAAGACUCCCAGGGUGGACGGGGUAGUCUUACACCGGCCUUUUCUGCCCACUGUGGAAGGGACUCUGUGUCUGACUGGCCAUCACUUGAUCCUGUCAUCCAGACAGGACAACACAGAGGAGCUGUGGCUGCUUCACUCCAACAUUGACUCUAUAGAGAAGAGGUAACACAAGUCUGACUGGGUGUUUUAACAAAAUUUACAACCCUUUACAUCAUGUUCAGGUUCAUGAGGUACACUUGGUCUGCAUGGCGUUCCACAAAUAGGGCUAGGCGAUAUGGGAAAAAGUAUAUCAUGUUUUUCUUUUGUUUUGUUUUUUCAUAUAUUUUUUUUCAUAUCAGUCGAUAUCGAUAUAUAUAUAUAUAUAUAUAUAUCAUGAUAUAAAUGAUAUAAUUUAAUAGUGCUUUUUGGCAGCAUGUCGUUUGCAAUACAAUAAGCUACUGCUUCUGUGAGGUCUGUGUGUCUCUGACAUUUUGUCAUAAGGCGUUGCGCUAGAGAAAGCGGACUGAAUGGUCAGCUGUUUUUGCUGCACAGGCACCAUGGGCUCCUUGCUCCACUUGGGGUUUGUAACCUUUGCAUUAUGCGUGCUCCGCCACGUGGCACUGUUUCAGGUGAUGAAAGAGAUUUGAGGUGUUUCCCGACUUUGCUAGAACAUGUAUUCAACAUCUAGUUUGCAGUGCACAUUACUCUGCUUCAUGUCCGACCUCAAAAAACCAAAAUACCUCCACACCACCAACGUUUUCGUGCCACUGUUGUCGACAAUGUCUUCAUCUGCAUUUCUGCCGGGGUUUGCACUCAUUUUCUUUUUUUACUGACAGUGCUGUCAGCUUCACGUGUUAAAUUGCUAUGGUUGUGUGUAGCUGCUGCCUGCUACUACGCAGUUUUCAUGAAGAUUUUAAAAACAGGCAACUGGACUGUGUAGAGUUGAGAAGACGUUUCGCCUCUUAUCCAAGAAGCUUCUUCAGUUCUAAUUAUUGCUAGUGUGUGGAGCAGAUAUUUAUCUUACUGGAGAAGGGGACGAACAACGACUGGAAGGAGUUGGAAAGAAUGGGUCGUAGAAACCCAUCUCCGGGUGUCCCCCCCCUGUCAUGUGUCCACAUGAUUCAUGCCAUCUGGGUCAUGUGGUCCCAGGUGUGAAUGUUUAUGGAGCUUCCUGGGGAGAGAGUUGAGAACUGCAUUGUAAGUGCUGGAGAGAUUGUGCCUGAGUCCACCCCCUCUGUUCAGAGAAGGUUUCUUCAGUCUGGUAAAGAUGGCUUCUUCAACUCCUCUCUCAAACCAUUUAUCUUCUCGAGCCAACACCUGUACAUUGCUGUCCUCGAAAGAGUGACCCGUGUCCUUAAAGUGAAGGUGGACAGCUGAGUCCUGACCUGAGGAAGUGGCUCUCCUGUGUUGAGCCAUGCGCUUGUGAAGCGGUUGUUUAGUUUCCCCAAUGUACAGGUCUGAGCAUUCCUCGCUGCACUGGACAGCAUACACCACAUUACUCUGUUUAUGUCUCGGUGUUUUGUCCUUGGGAUGGACUAGCUUCUGCCUUAGUGUGUUACCAGGCUUGAAAUGAACAGGAAUAUGGUGUUUGCCAAAGAUCCUCUUGAGUUUUUGCGACAGGCCUGCAGUGUAAGGGAUUACAGUGCUCUUGCGUCUCUUCUCCCUUUCGUGUUUUCACAGGUUAUUUCACUUUUUGUUCUUCACAAAGGCCCACUUAGGGUAUCCACAGGUUGUCAGGGCAUUUUUAAUUUGCUUCUGUUCUUUUUCCUUACCUUUUUUCUUCGUGGGAAUGUUCUCAGCCCGGUGGUUGAGGGGGUCAUUGAUCUGCCAUAUUAUCAUUAGGAGAAAAGGAUGACUACAACAGAAUUUGUGUUGGACAGUAAGUUGAAUGUUGCUAUGGAGACUAAUCUUAUGAGAGCAGUCUGUUAAAAACUGAAUGAAGAGGACAACAAGUCUGUCAUAAUCAGCUCUUCAUUAUUUGGCAGAUAUUUUUGAUUCAUGAAGGUAAUCUAUUGUUUCACUGCACUUCAUAGCACUGCUGCUAACACCAGUGUUUUCCAGUGUUUCUGAAGCAGCCUGUAAAGACAGUGAUCCCUCUCAGCGGUGAAGUACAAGCCUUGUUCUUGUCUAUAAUUUUGCUGAUACCUAUUAAACACAGUCAAAGUUUAGUUUUUGUUGAACACCCCCUGCCUCCCCACACUGACACAUACAGAGUGCACAGGGUCGGGACACAGAUGGGCGGGCAUCUUCCUGAGGCAGAGGUGAGCGCUUCUACAUUGAAAAGGAGCAGUGGUCACACUUUGUUCUAAUUGUUUUACUGAGUUCAGCUUUAGUAGCACGCUGCCAUUCGGAAACUACACGGCUGUUUGGCUGACAGCUGGUUCUUACAAAAAACUCUUGGCUUGAAAAGGAAGGCAGAGCCAGGUUGAGAUGCCUGUUUGAGCUGGAGCGGCUCACCCCUUUUGCAUCCAGCUAAUCUAUUAGCCUCAAGAAAAUGCCAGUGAAGAACUUGCAGGUUAUGUCAAUGACAUGACUCCAUGUUCACACACACACACAAGGCGUUGUGAAUUUCUCAAUGAAAUAAGCUGUUUCUGUGUUUGUCAUCUGGGUUGUGCCAGCUAAGCUCACCUGCUGUUAUUGUAGCACUCCUGAUGGUGGCAUCAUGAGCUCAUUUAUAAGAUGAAUCUGUUCUGUUAGCGAUCACUUUCUCCACAGUUAUGAUCCACCCCCACUUGUUUAGGUAUAACUGUGUAGAUAUUAAUGUCAUAGGUUUUUUUAAAUCAUUAUUAUUUUUAUUAUUAUUAUUAUUAUUAUUAUUAUUAUUAUUAUUAUUUGCACAGAGCCCUGCGAUGAACUGGCGACUUGUCCAGGGUGUCCCCUGCCUUCGCCCGAAGGUGCUGGGAUAGGCUCCAGCCCCCCGCGACCCCUAACAGGAAUAAGUCGUGGAAAAUGGAUGGAUGGAUAGAUUAUUUGCACAGCAUUAUAAUGAUAGUGGAGACCGUCAUACCGGUGCACUAUUUAGUGAACUACAAUCAUUAAUGCACUGAUAUUGAUAAACUCUAGGUGAGCUUAUUUGCACACCAUCAUUAUAAUGAGAUCCAAACAGACUGUGAAGGAGUUCAGUGUCUUAUUAAUGUAGUCUGCUCUUCUGCUGUCAUGCUUUGGUAAUUACGGUUCAAAUUAAUUGGCUGAGAAACUAAAGGGCAAUGUUAAUUAUUUAUGUCCAAUGCUGUUUGGUAGAUGCUGCCCAUCCUUACUCUAGAGCAGGGGUCAGCAACCCGCGGCUCCUGAGCCACAUGUGGCUCUUUUAUCCCUCUGCUGAGGCUCCCUGUGGAUUUGGAAAAUAAAUGAUAAAUUUUUGAUUUAAAAUUUAUUGUAUUUUAGUUAGUUUUAUGUAAUUCUAAUUUCUAAGAUUAUGCUGCCCUUGUAAUAUUAAAUAAACAGUGUUUAAUUUUUUUGACGCUCAAAACAUGCCUCAUAACUGUCAACUUGCAAAAAACAAAAAACCUGUGUGAAGAUGAAGGUGACAUUGCACAGCCCUGAUCUGAAGAUGCUGUGUGCUAAAGUUCAGGAGCUAAAGUCACAUGAAGCAAGUAAAUUUAAUAUUUUAAUCAGCUUUUAUUCUGCAAAUAUAUAGGCUAUCUUACAUCGUUCAGUGAAGUAGUGUUUUUAUUCAGGUUGACAGCUGACUGCACACUCCAGUAUGUGAUUAAAUGAUGAUGGCACACAGAAGCAGACAGCAUUUUUGGUUUGCUGCAGGUGACAAGUUCAUAUUUUGACGUCAGGUAUGCAAAGAGGACUCAAUUAGAAACUGAAUAUUUUAUUUGAAAGCAACCUUCAACCCAACGUCUUUUUUUGUUAAAGCCCCACUUUGAUUUUUUUCUUCUUUUUUUUUCUUCUGUAAGUGGUAUCAAGUUAUGAAGUUUUAGCCAAAAUCACAAAAUCGCUUUUCUUUUGUAGAGCUCCAGUAGUUCAUUGAUAAUUCGCCUCUGAGUCAUGGGCAGAGACAGUGCUGCUCUGCACACUCCUCUUUGCGCUAUCUUGCAGGCUAACAAUGCUGGUGGAGUAGAAGUAGCAGGUAACAUAGGGGCUAUUCAGUUCUUAGACACUAAUGUCUUUAGGGGCAUGAUGAAAGUUAAUAUCAUAACCAGCUUUCGUACGAACAUUGCAAUCCACUUACGCACACGUUUGUUCCACAAUCGUCCUCUCUAUUUCUCAGAGUCUGGCCUGCAGAGCGGGGCUCCGGGGGCGGAGCUUGCAGUUGUGACAUAGGAAAUCUCACUGGGUCUGAGCCUGCCAUUUGGGUCUUCCAGACAUUCAUAGCGAUUUGAAUGCAGAAAUACUCAGAAAUGCAAUUUCGUACUUAUUUUUCUCAUAAUAUGUCCUGUAGCAUCAAAAAAAUGCCAUAUGAACAUGUAGACAACAAGAAAAACAUGAUUUUCAUCAGAGUGGGUCUUUAAGGUUAGUUCAAGCUGUUCAAAGUAUCUUUGUUUGCCUGCAGAAAUAAAAUUUUGUUUUCUCUGCAGCACGAUAUAUGCAGUGUUAUCUUUAUUUUAGAUGUCAAAGGGGUUUUGUGGCUCCCUGUGUUUUCUUCUCAGUGGAAACGGCUCCAAAUGGCUCUUUGAGUGUUUAAGGUUGCCGACCCCUGUUCUAGAACUUGUUUUCUAAAGAGUUAAGACAGAAAUGUAUCAAUGUAAAUAUAUCAGAUGAAAUGCAGAGUGAUAGCAGAGUUAUGUUGGUUUACAGUUCUCAGUUUAAUGUGUCUUCUGUGACACUACAAUCACUUCACUGCUGUCCUCUUCGAUUUCUCUCACACUUUUACACCAGAGAGGAGGAUGUGAAACUCUUUGGGAGGAAGUUGGAAUCCGGCUGUGUGCUGGCACAGCAGCAUUUCCCGCAGGUUGUGAAGUGAAAUUUUUGUGGCUGAGAAGGAUGUGGAGCUGUAAACAACUCAGAGGAAGCAAUUGUUUCACAUGGGAUAAUGCCACGUUUGCAUAGGAGCACAUCCACCUGUUGAUGAAGCUGUGAAGUCAAAUUUAAAUUUACAUAUUAUUCACUGUGAAAAUCUCAGACUUUCAGGCUUGCAAGCGCUGAGCUUAGUGUCAUGACUCUCACUGUGCCUGCCGCUGUUUUCUUUGACAUCAUCUUUUAACGUCUCCGUCAGGUUUGUCGGCUCUCUCGGGACCAUCAUAGUCAAAUGCAAAGACCUGAGGGUGAUUCAGCUCGACAUCCCUGGCAUGGAGGAAUGCCUCAACAUUGCCAGCUCUAUUGAGGUAAAAAAAAAAAAAAAAAAGAGGUUGAAAUGUCCUAUUUUCCAUUUAAAAAUAAACCCUGCAUUUGUUUUCUGUCUGCAUUAUUCUGUCUUUAUUCCUCUCAAGGCCUUAUCCACGCUCGAUUCAGUCUCCCUCAUGUAUCCUUUCUUCUACCGGCCCAUGUUUGAAGUCAUCGAGGACGGGUGGAACUCAUUUCUUCCAGAGGAUGUCUUUAAAGAUUUGGAGUCUAUGGUACACAGUUAAUGACAAGAAUGUAAACUUGUCUGAGCUCUCAGCUUUGCACCCAGAAUAUUCUUUUUUUCCCCUCUUAUUUCAGACGGAUGAAUGGAGACUCAGCGAGGUCAACAAGGACUUCAGUGUGUGUCAGUCAUACCCCCCUUUAGUGGCUGUGCCCAAAAAUGUUGACGAUGAGACACUGAAGAAAGUGGCCACCUUUCGACAUGGUGGGCGUUUUCCUGUGCUGAGCUACUACCACAAGAAGAAUGGCAUGGUGAGCCCCUGGAAGAUGGCGAUUACCUAGAAUUCCUUACAUAGAGUCAAAAUGUGUCCUAACCAUAGACUAUAUAUAGAAUGGACGCCGUCUGCCUCCUCGCUGGGUGAAGCCACUGUGAGAACAGCACCCUCUGGUGAUGGGCUGCAGUACAGGCCAUAAAUCCUGCCUCCUCCAGCAAUCCCUAUGGAGAUGUGGACAAACUUUAGAAAUUAAUUACACAGAAUAUACAUUUUUCUCCCCCCUGGUUGUGAUGUUGACAUGAAGUUACUGUAAGACUGUUUUGUGCUCAGGUCCCCUUUUUUUCUGUACAGCUCCUUCUUUAAAAGUUAUCAGGGGGUUCAUGUUUUCUAUGAUUGACACUUGAAACAGCCUAUGGGCGUACAAAGAUUGUGUAGCUCACUUGGGGUAUACGCUGUUUGAGCUGAGUGUCAUCACAGCGACUAUACUGGCGGAAGGCGGAACCAAGUUGUCCAUAGUAUAUACAGUCUGCAGUCCUAACCACAGAUUAAAUUGGGCUGGAGCCCUCCAGAGCUCAGCUCCGCCUCCUCACCUUGUCAGUACAGCCAGCAGGAGCUGAGCUCCCUCUGCUUCAGUGUUUCAAAGUAAUCAUGGGUGUAGCCACCAAAAGUCAUUAGUUUGGAUCCCCAUUAAUACAUCAGCCUGUUUACUCAGCGCUGUUUCAGAGCGCUGUUUCAGAGCGUCAUUACUGAAUCUGUUCCGCUCGUUUAUUGAGAUAAAACCCAAACCAAUAAAACUCCAGCCCAUGUUUUCACUGCUACCGGCAUCUUCUUGCAUACCACGCAAGUGCACGCCUGCGCGCGGACACACACACACACACACACACACACACACAGUGUUGCUGACGCACAGGAGGUGGGUGAUGUAACUAUCACAGCAAAAUGUUAACUUUGUGAACUUACUGAAACUAAAUGUGUGUAUUUUUCACCUUUAUGUUUCUGUGAUAAAGUCUCUACAGAGCUAAUGCUACUUUAGAAAAAUGUGAAAAGGUAAGGAGGAAGAGUAGCUCUCAUCUGAUUAACCACCCCUCUAAUUAGCUAACCAUAGAUGAUGAGCUAAUGCUAAGUCAGUGCCCCAGCCCUGAAAACCUUUGGGAAACACAGCAAAUAGGGCUCCCCCUCCUCACAGAAGCCAAUUUAACCAAUGGUCCUAACUGACUUCUGUCUGCAGAUGUGCUUCAGUUGAAUUUUCUAAGGGUUUACAAACUUUCACUUCAAGGUGAUGAUGCGAGCAGGUCAGCCCUUAACAGGCACCAAUGGGCGACGCUGUAAGGAAGACGAGAAGCUGAUCAAUGCCACCCUGAGGCCAGGCAAGCGCGGCUACAUCAUCGACACUCGCACCAUCAAUGUAGCUCAGCAGGCCAAAGCUCGAGGUGGAGGGUUUGAGACGGAGGGAAACUACCCACAGUGGAGGAGGAUCCACAAAGCAAUUGAAAGGUGAGGUCACUGAGGGUGCCCUAUAGGUUUCUUCAAGGCUCCUUUGCUGUAAAUAGUUUUUUUAAACCCAAUCUGUUAGUGGCUAACAAGCGAUGUUGUUUUUUCAAGGUAUAACAUCCUCCAGGAAAGCCUCAUCAAGCUUGUGGAGGCGUGUAACGACCAGUCGCACAGUAUGGACCGCUGGUUGAGUAAGCUGGAGGCUUCAAACUGGCAGACUCACGUCAAAGAGAUUCUCACCACCGCCUGUCUGGCUGCUCAGUGUAUCGACAGGUCAGGGAAACAACUGUGAUUGACUUGUUGAGCUCCUCAGAUGUAGAAAAAGUACUCCCCCUGGUGAUCACACAUGGAGAAUGUGUUUUGUUGUAUUUAAAGUCCCACUCAUAUAUAUAUAUAUUUUUUUUACCACUUAAAGUGUUUUCAGCAGUCUUUAAAUUGUGAUUAUGAAGUUUUCAGACAAAAUCACAUUACCUGUGUCAUUUUCAAGGGCUUUUCUUCUGCAAAGCUCCAGUGGCUCAUUAGCAAUUCGCCUCUGAGUCAUGGGUGUUAAUAUAAGUUCAUAUAAUAAUUAGCUUUCUUACAAGCAUUACAAUCCAAUAACGCACACACUUGUUCUGCGAUCGUCCUCUCUAUUUCUCAGAGUCUGGCCUGCAUAGCGGGGCUCCGGGGGCAGGGCUUGGAUUUGUCACGUAGAAAAUCCCACUUUAUCUGAACCUGCCGUUUGGGUCUGCCAGAGAUUCAGCGAUUUGAAUUCAUAAAUACUCACUUACGCACUUAUUUUUCUCAUGAUAUUUCCUCUAGCAUUAGAGAAAUGCCAUAUGAACAUGUAAAAAAAAAACAAGAAAAACAUGAUUUUCAUCAGAGUGGGUCACAAAUAUCUGGGUCAGGUUUGUCCCCACUGGGCUGUUUCUUUGACGUCAUGUAUGAUGUGUUUUGUGUGUUUACCCCAGAGAGGGAGCGUCGGUGCUGGUUCAUGGCACAGAGGGCACAGACGCCACCCUGCAGGUGACCUCCCUGGCUCAGAUUAUCCUGGAUCCAGCCUGCAGGACCAUCAGAGGCUUCCAAGGCCUGGUGGAGCGAGAGUGGCUCCAGGUUAGCCUCACAGCCCAAAUGUUUAGAAACCACGCUGUCAUGGAUUUCAUUUUUUUGAAGGCUUGAAAUGUCACAGUUCUCUGUUCAUAUAUAUUAUGAUAGUCUUUAAAAGCCGUGAUUGAUUGAAGUCACAGUUGAUGUGUUUUUAAUGGAUUUCUCUAGGCAGGUCACCCUUUCCAGCAGCGUUGUGCUACAUCUGCCUACUCCAACAACAAGCCUCGACAGGAGGCUCCGGUCUUCCUGCUCUUCUUGGACUGCGUGUGGCAGAUUCUCCGCCAGUUCCCCUGCUCCUUUGAAUUCAGCGAGAGCUUCCUAGUGCUUCUGUUCGAACACGCUUAUGCCUCUCAGUUCGGCACGUUCUUGGCCAACAGCACAGCAGAGAGGUAAUUCUGCUGAAGUCAAUCCACCAGUCUGUUCUGAUUGAUUCUUUUAGAUUUCAUUUAUCUAUAAAACACGGUAAAUCUGCUCUCAGAUUUAUUCUAACAGCUGUACAACUUUUCUAAAGCUGAAUUAGAGUGUAUUUCCGGCCCAUUUUGUGUCAGCUACAUAUGGAGUCUCGUCCUUCACAUUCUUAAUCACUGCCCACUAAGCAGCUUUACUAAAACAGUGGUGGAUUAGGUGACUUUCCCAAAGUCAGCCCUGAAGUUUUGUCUCCUUUUCACCAAAUAAACAGUCAUUUUCAGCUGUUAUUACACAGAUUAUACCACUGUUUUUACCAGUUAACCAAUCACCCUCUGACCUUUUCCACAGAACCAAACUGUCUCUGCCAGAGAAGACCGUGUCCCUCUGGUCUUGGGUGAAUCGGCCCCAAGAACUAGAGCGUCUGACUAACCCACUGUACGAGGCCAACAGUCUGGUGAUCUGGCCGUCUGUGGCCCCCCAGAGUCUGCUGCUGUGGGAAGGUAAGAAACAAACAAGAAAGCAGUGCACUGAUGGAUGACUCAGUUGGUUGAGCAGAAGUCUCAUGAACAGAGGGUCUAGUCCACUCUGUACUCAAAGGAUCAAUAACUGGUCCUGACAUGAUUUGAUGAAUAUCUUCCCUCUCUCUUCACACACUCCUAUCAUCUCUCAAGCUGUCGAAUGACAUUUAUAUACUAUGAAAUUUAAAGCCAAACGCCUGAUCUCAAACAAGCCUGCAGUGUCUGAAUUUGUAUUCGUUGGGUGCUGUAGGGGAAUCUGUUCACUGGAUAGCAGCACAUACCUAAAACUCCUAAGUUAAAAUCAGUGAUUUCAGCCUCAAACUGUUAAACAUAUUUAAGAGUCUAAAUUAGUAAUGGUAAUAAACUGAUGUUGAAUUUUUUCAGUCCUCGCAGCCAGCAGCUUCAGAGCAGGUUGCGAUGGUUGCGACGUGAUUCUUUGUUAUAUGUUAAAGUGCUUCUACUAACAGUGCCUUUUUUAGCCAUAAACAGGCUCAGAGUGUUAGAGGGCUUUCACACCUAUGUCAUUUGGUCCGGACUUUCGGACCAAGUCCGAACCAAAGUGAUAGGCGUGAAACCUCCCCAGGACCUUGGUCCAGACCAAACAGCCAGACCUUGGUUCGACCAAAAGGUGGUCUCAGUCCGGACCAAACUGAACUACAGUCUGGUUCAUGCCCAGUGUGAAAGCAUUAUUUUGAAAGGUUUGGACCUUCGUAUCAAAGACAGGAACUGACGCAAGGAGUAGAAGUAUCUGUUAUUAUGUUGAAUGGAGAUUGUCCAAGAACAGGAAAUUUUAUCAUAGUGUAGAUAAAGUUACACCUCCCUAAUUGACAGCUUGUCUUUUCAAGAAUUUUAUUACACAAACUUCUCUCAAAGGCAAGUGUUGCAAUGACUUGCAGAGUUGGAUACUUUCUUCUCCUUUCCUGUCAAUGUCGAUAACAUUGUUGCCUAAUGAUCAAAUUCAUGAGACUUCCUCAGACCAGCCCCAUUUACAGCUCUUCAAGUUGACGCUGUUGGAGGUAGAAAAUCAAAAAUAGUACGAUGGUGGGAAUGAUGAUUUCAUUUAUGUUUACAACAUUCAAGACCUGCGCUUUUCAACGUGUUGAUGUCAGAUGCCCACUGGCCAAAUGACCAAUUAAAGCAAACUACAGAGACAGGCCAAGCACGUAGUUGAUGAAGAUAUCACGUCGGUCCGUCAUGUAAAGUCUGUUAGUCAGUUUGCAAUAAUGACAGUGUGAAACCUAAACACACCAAACCAAAUGUUUCCAAUGUGACAAAAACAUGGACCUUGGUUCAGCCUUUCAGGUGUGAAAACACCCUAAAUCUGAUUAUCUGACAACAAUACAUAAAGACGCUUAAGUACACUGUUACCUUCCUGAAAUAACUCAACUCUCUGUUAGAAUUCAGCAUCAAACUUUCUCUGUAUGUAUCCUGCUUCAAUUGAAAACAGGGAUGUUUCUCUCAAGGAAAAGCUUUGUCCCUUUAAGGAAACUACUCUGCACUUGACGACCACAUUGCAACUAUGAACUUAGUUUUUUAGCUCCCUGCAGAAAAAAACUAAAAUCCUGUCUGUGAUCAAUUAAGUGGAGCUGUAGAUAAAAAUGGCAAGAAGGUUAUAAUUUUCAUAAACUGUUGCUCAGUGUUACAUCAGAGCAAAUUUGCAUGGACUGAUUAUCACUUUUAGGGACUCACUGUUGCUUUUGUCAACUUUGCAUGCAAGAUUGUCCUAAUUCAAAGGAAUGAGUCAAUCACUAUUUCUCUGAGCAAACACAGAAAAUGUAAUUUGUUUUAAAAAUGUAAAGCUGUGUUUAAGAAGCUUUAGGAUCAGUCUGGAUGUUCUCGUACAUGACAUGUAAGGCUGCCUGAGCUAGAUCUGGAGAUUAUGCUUCGACCUGAGGCAAGUCCUGAACCAGUUUGAGUUACUAGGGUGACAGUUAUGAGCCAUUGUCUGGGAAAAAGGUUGUGACAGACACAAGUAUGCAUCUGUUACGUGAUCAGGGCUCAUAUUUUGAUUUAGAGUGGCACUUUGUAUUCUCACCAGAAGAGGGCGCCUUUGAUUGCACCACUAGCUACUGUUUUGAACUGAGCGACCCUCUGAGCCUAUAGAUAAUACUACACUCUGCUUACACAUUUGAUUUAGAGGGAAAUCAGCCGUAUUGACUGAUGCCAUUUAGGACACAGUCAUCAGUAUAUCAUGAAUCCCUUUUUGCAGAAACAUGACCGAAUACGACAACCACAAGACAAGCCCCCUUCACAAAAAACAAACAAACAAACAAAAAAAAGAUUAAAAAAUCCUUAUCAGAAAUGUUUAGUGUGAAUAAAUGUACGGUGUUCCUACCUCUCAAAAGAACCACCUUUGGACCAGGACCGCAGGACCUGGACUCUGUUUGUAGCCAUUCAGCUCAUGUACCUGCUGCAGCACUUUCACAUUUUUCGCAUUCCUUCUGGAGCUUCUUCGGGAUGUGUUUGGCUGACGACUAUUCCCUAUAAUAGCUUGCACAGAAAGUUCUGCGUGCUGUCUGAAACAUGAGCCUCAUGAGUCUGUGAUGGUUUACUACAAGUUAUCAGCUGAUAUACAGUGCCCAUGCAAGCUAAUUUUAGCUUUGGGUUGCACAUAAUUCUUGUCUUGAGCAAGGUGCUUGUAUACUUUACUGAUGAAAAUCAGUUAGAGGGACUGAAUUACUUGAUAACUAACUACUAACUGUGACAAAUAAGUAAAACCCCAUCACCUUCACUUAGUCAUCUCUACCUCUAUUUACAGGCAAGAAAGAAGCAGAGAUAACACAAAAAUGGUCCUCUGUUACUGAUAAGAUAUUCCUUUAAUAGUCCAACGGGGGAAAAACUUGAAUACAAAAAUUAUAGCAGCAUGAGUACAGAUACAAAAUCAUUAAAGGGUAAAGAAACUUAGAAUUAAAAGAAGAUAUGUACAUGAGUCUUAUUUACAUCUGUCCAGAAUAUAAAUAUAAUAUGAUUUAUUGCACACUGAGGUUUCUGUUGUGGAGUCUGUUUGAUCUGUUUGGAUCAACACAAGAUACUUGAUCUUGGAUGAUAAAGAUGAGCAUUCAGUGAAGAAAGUCACUCCAUUACACAUUUGUUCUUCUUAGAAGUUCUCUGGCCAAUCACAAGGUCCCUACUGUCCCUCUUAGCCCAGGCAUGAAGAUAGACGAGGAUAGGUGGGCAAUUAGAGCUAGUGCAGCCGUGCUAAUCAUGCAGGAACCUCCUUUUGCAAAAUCUGUGUAGGCGAAGUGAAUGUAUACUGCUCUCUGCUCGCUGCUGCAUCCCUCAGCAACUGUGUGAGUAUGGGAUUUAAUCAGGCUGCAGCCAAGAUACGCAGUUGUGAAGCAGUUUCUGUGGAUAAAAGUCGGAUAGGAUAAACCUUCAUUAAUCCCACUGCAAAGAAUAAGCAGAGAAGAGCACAGACAGACAGACAGACAUAGGCUGCACAUGAAUCAACAGACAACUGAACAGUUAAAUUACUAAAUACUAUUUGAAUUUCAUUGAACCUUAUGUUCAUAAUUAAAAUGGAGGAGUUUCUGGUGAUCCAUAAACAUGAAAUCUGCCUUUUUCUAGAAUAAAGACUAAUUUUUCCAUGCGGCACCAUCAUAAAGGUGUGCAUUAGCUGUGGAUGAAAAUGUAUGAGCCACAGAUCUUCAUUUUAUGACAACUUUUCGUAGUUUAAAGUCCCACUCCAACGUUUUUUUUUUUUUUUUAACAACUCAAAGUGUUCUCAGUUGUCAUUAAAUUGUGAUUAUGAAGUUUUUUUAGACAAAAUCAUUUUCAAGGGCUUUUCUUCUGCAGAGCUGCAGUAGCUCAUUAGCAGUUCGCCUCUGAGUCAUGGGUAGAGACAGCGCUGCUCUGCACACUCUCCUCUUCACACUAGCUUCGGACACUAAUGUCUUUAGGGGCAUGAUGAAAGUUGAUAUCAUAAUUAGCUUUCUUACAAGCAUUGAAAUCCGCUAACGCACAUGCUUGUUUUGCGAUUGUCCUCUCUACUUCUCCGAGUCUGGCCUGCAUAGUGGGGCUCCGGGGUCGGAGCUUGCAGUCGUAACGUAGGAAAUCUCACUUCACCUGAGCCUGCCAUUUGGGUCUGCAAGAGAUUAACAGCGGUUUGAAUGCAGAAAUGCGAUUUCGCACAUAGUUUUCUUAUGAUAUGUCCUGUAGCAUCAGAAAAAUGCCAUAUGAACAUGAAGACAACAUAAAAAACAUGAUUUUCAUUGGAGUGGGUCUUGAAGACAAUUUUUCACGCAAAGGGAUGAAGUGAAUGUGCACACAGUUAAACCUAAUAGUCCUCGAGGAGCAGUGAAGUAUUCACACUCAGGCAUUCACCAAAAAUCCUUUGACUUUGUAGGUCAUAAAAGGACAUUGGAAUAAGCUUGAGGCUAUAUGAAAAUAACUUUCAAACUCCUCUCAUUACCUUUAAAUAACUACUGGGAGUGGCUUUGGUUGAAAUGCCUGACUACAAAAAGGAGGAAGAGCUCAUAGUAGCACCUUAAAAAUCUUCACAGAGUCAAAAACUCUAAAUCAGUUUUGUUAGCUUUGAGUUUUUUAAUGGAGAAAUUGUGUCUCAGCAUCACCUAAUCAAGGAAAGUGUGGUUCUCUGAAGUAGUUUUGGGGGGAGUGACUCCUAGAAAGGAAAAAAGAUGAAGAAAUAGAAGAAAGAAAAAGAAGAAAAAAGAAGAAGAAGGCAAUGAAAUAGAAGAAAAAGAAGAAGAAGAAAAAGAGGAAAGAAGAAGAAGAGCUUUCUUGAUUCAGUUGGGGUCUUAUGCUUGAACUUGCCGGGUCAAGUCAGCUCAAAACAUGCAGAUGCUACAUCAAAAAUAGGUGGGGGGAUGGGGUCUAGACAAAUGAAGGGUCAUUAGGUUCAACCAGUCCUCUAUGAGGGGCCCCCCUCCUGCCUAAAGCCCCCUAGCCCCACCCUCUCCCUAUAGGAACUUGAAGCUAUGUGAACAACUGGAGCACGUGAAAGCUGCAGACAUGCCGCUUAUGCAACCCUUUCACACAGUGACACACACACCACAGCCCACUUUUCAGACCCCAUGGAGGUCCAGAUCUAAAGAUUUGAGUGUUGACAGUAACAAGGACUGACCAUGUGAAUGCAGUCUUUUGUAGAACAGCAACCACACACUCCUCAAGUCUCAGCUCUGAGUGUGGCAAAACUUGCUGAGUCAUGUGGAAUGAAGUCGGAUGAGUUUUCAGGGCGGUAUCUCGAGGCUUUGAUGCUGUUGUUUUUGGGAAUCUUUCCGGGAGUUUAUUUAUUGUGUAAUUCAAACAAAAACCUCCCAGUAAAGUCAAUAUGAUGGGGAAACACUUGACUGUCCCAGAGUUUUAAAAAAUCAUGCAUAAUCUGUUUUCUAUAAACUUCUAAUCUAAAGACCAAGAUGCUUUUAGUGCUGCAAUCUGUCUAAUUGUCUAACCAGAGAGAAAAACAAUAUAAGCACGAUAAAGCUAAGAAAAGGACAGCAUAAUUAUGAUCCGCAAUAACAUUGUAUAAUCCCUUUACAAUAACAAAGCACUCCCUGAUCCUGAUACCUGUUCUAAUCCAAACAGUGAGCUCCUCCUGGUGUCAUUGAGAUGUUUGUCAUUCCAGUCAUGCAGCACAUCUCUGUGGUCACAGUUGUAUUUCCAGUGUGUCAGUCUCACAAGGUCCCCUUAAUUGAAAGUCUAGUCACCUUCAGUAGAGCAGGUAAGAUAGUUUUCACUUUCAGUGCACACAAAAACUGUUUGAUGUCUAUCAGCAUUACAUUGCAUCACAUUACAUGGACUGGAUAUUUUUAGUGCUCAUCCAAAAAAAUAUAUAUCAGGUUUGAACAUUUCUUAAUUUUUUUAAGAAAAUUGUGAUUUAUUAGACAAUUGUUGUUGAAGCCCUUUAUAAAAUGUUCAUUUUUCCAUGCAGGUCCCUAAACACUACAUAUAUACUGUUAAAAUGUUAGCCUGAAGCCACUUCAAUGUAGGUGACCAUCAUGGUUCCUGAAUGACUUUGAUAAGUUUCCAUUUAAAAAUAGCCGCCCUGAGGUUGACAUCGUAUUUGCUCGAGUGUAGAGAUGCACGUAUGUUUCUGUCUGUGAACAGACAUCAGCCUGUAUGUACACAAUGCACAAUGUACCAUCCACCAGAGGUGUUGCAUCAGUUUUAUGCUGUUAAGUAAGUGUACCUGUUGAUUCAGAGGAGAGUGUUUUAACUGGGAAGGAGAGGUCUGCGGUACGAUAAACUCAAUUUGUUUUCAUGGUGUAAUGAGUGCGGUAUCUGUGUAUAUAAAAGCUGUUUGCCUGAAAUAUUUGACAGACGUAAAAAAUUCUUCACAGACUGAGACCUUUUAAUUCUAUUAAACCUGCCACAUUUGUUUACAUCGAAUUACCCCCAAAUUAUUGACAUACCCUUCAGACUUGGCUUCAGUUUUGCAGUUCCAUAUUACAGUUAGCAUGCCAACAUGUCUAUUUCCUUACUGUGUAUUUGUGUCCAUUCACAGAGAGUGUCAUAAAAAGACUGAUUUAUGUCAGAAGCAACAGUAAACUGUAUUACUCUCAGGGCGCAGAUAUGCUAGUGGUCUAUGCGCUCCACAAAAGCAGGUGGCCCUCUUUCCUUCAUGUCCUUCCCUGCUCUCUCUGAUGUUUCCUUCUCUAUCUACUGUCUUCUCUCUGCCAGUAGGCAUAAAAAAUACAUGAAUGAACAAAAUAACUGUAUUACCCCUAUCAUCAUAACAAAAUAUAGGCAAACCCCAUCUAGGAGGGCAAAUGAGAGUUGCACAAUCUUUUAUGUUAAUAUCUAACUCAGAGAACUCUUUCUCUUUAUUACAGGAGUGUUUCUUCGCUGGAACCGCUCCUCCAAGUGUCUGGAUGAGGCUUAUGAGGAAAUGGUUCACAUAAUUGAGUACAACAAGGAGCUGCAGAGCAAAGUGAACAGCCUGCGCAGGCAGCUGGCCGAACUGGAAACUGAAGAUCCUCUGCUACAGACACCAUAGAGAUAAGGAGUGUGUGUGUGUGUGUGUGAGAGAGAGAGAGAGAAGGAGGAAGCUGUGAGAGGAAAAGAGCAGGAAGAAAGAGGUCGAAAAUGUGAGAUUAGGACAACAGAUUCUGAUUGGGUUUAAAUUUGUUAAGACUGACGGUCCAAAGAGUUGAUUUUCAUUAAUGUCGAUCAUUUUUUUGAAUUUGAGUUUCCUGCACUGACAGAAGAAGGAAUGGUAUGACUCUAGGCCCAGUUUAACUGAAAAUCACUUUCACAGCUUUCACUGAGACAGAGAAUCUACACACAGAUGAUACACAGUAACAAAAACAGUUGUUAGUUGCACCCUGCUCCAAUAUUUGUAUGGCAAGCUGGCCUGUGUUUACCAAAAAUUUGGGACUCUGGCUCUUGUUUGCAUGAUGGAGAACUGAGAAGUUGCGAUUGAGCCAGUUUCUCCAAACCAACUUUAAAAACGUCCUCUAUCCGUUAAUCUUUCCAGUGAGAAUGCUGCUACUUUAGAUCGUCAUCUACCACAGGGUACCACACAGCUUCCUCAUACAUCCUGCUGAAUAUUUAGAUCUAAUUUAUGCCGCUGAAGCACUGCAGAGUAACUAUGGCAACAUAUAGGGUGCUAUAAGGCAGCAUGUGACUCUCCUGCACGUUGAGAUGACAUAAUAAGCGUAGGUAGGGUCAGCACCUGCUGUACUGUACUGAAAGAGGGGCGGAUUUUCUGACCAAAAUAUCCUGAUUCUUAUAUGUUUACCAGAUUACUACUUUACAUUCCAGAGGCAUUAAGAGAGACUGAUGCAACAUAACCCUAUACAAACAUAAUCUUAGUGAGAGCCUGCCUUUUAGUCCUGGUCAGUCUCUUUAUGCAAAACGUAGAGGUGUCUGAGUGUUUGAUGCAGAAAAUGAAGUUACUGAGUGUAGCUGAGGUGUUGGUCAUGUGAUCUUAUCAAGUUUAGCGGAGCUGAUCACAGAAAAAGUUAGCUUAAACAUGUUCUAUGUCAAGUAUGUUGCUUUAGAGGCCAUUUCAAUGUGACCUUUUUUUAAAGUUGUUUAAUUGUUUUCCUUAAGAUCAUAAUCAAACUAAAUGCAUAUCUGCUGUUAAUGUACUUUAAGGGAUAUUCAAGCUUAAAAUUAAGUUAGGGUCAAACACAAUAUAACACCGAGUUAGACACCGCCUCAAGAGAUGAAUGUUGCCGACUGCUUGCUUCUCUAGUUUUACCAACUUCAGCAACAACCGCACUAUAGCAAUACACAGCAGUCUAUGUCUCUACACGCAAACCUCAACCAAAAAGCCACUCUAUAGCCACAAAUAAUGCUCAGAACAGCACCUAACUUCAUCAACAGUACAUAUAGGGUCCCAGCAAGAGUACUAGACACCAAACAUCUUUUUAGCUUUGCCUGGUUUCUUUAGUGAAGAGACUAAACACAACUCACCCACUCUCCUCCAGCAGCCGCUUGAUUGUGAAGGAGCCCUCACGAGUCGAUCACCAAGUGCAGUGGAGUUUCGCAGCUCAAGGAAGAACAUUUAUGAUUAUUACUUUAUGGAAAUGCAAUCAGACCGAGACACUAAGGCAGAAGAACUACCGCGUCUGCAGUGCAAAAUGAUUAUUAUGAUGGUUAGUACUUCAUGGAAAUGAUCUGCUGCACUCUGUCUGUUAGAGUGGCUUUUUGGCUUAGGUUUGCACAUGGAGACGUAGACCGCUGUGUAUUGCUAUCGUGUGGUCGUUGCUGAAGUUGGUAUAACUACAGAAACAAGCAGUCGGCAACAUUCAACUCUCGAGGGGGUGUCUAACCUCAGUGUUACGGUGCGUUUGACCAUAACUCAAAUUUAUGCCGGAAUAUUCCUUGAAGCACCCAAAUCAAAUGCACCUUGUUGUAAAGGAGUAAACUAUGACAUAAACAUACUCAGGCAUGCAGCUGUAACUCUUUUUUGGCGCGUCAGUGUCAUCGUUGAUAGUCACCAGGUGCUACCGUUGGGACAAAAAAGUCCAAAUGAUAUCAGUGCGUCGCCAAUGUUUCUCAUCAACCCCAGGGUUUAAGUCCAAACAUUUGACAUCCCCUGGUAACUAUGGGAACGUUACACUGCUCAAAAGCUUUAUACAGCACUUUAAAUAGAUCAUGACCCACCAUAGGUGAAGCGUAAGAUAGCUUGAGAGUGUUUGCCCGACAAAACUGCAUUAUUUUUGUGUCAUACAUUUUAUAGGCUUUUGCUUGGAGAGUAAUCACACUAAACUAAACUGAUUCCAGCCACUACAUUUAACUGCGUUAGUAAGGGAUAACUGCUUCUCGCUGCACUAUACUGUACAUGUCUUCUGUAUUUUGCCAAAUGGACAAGCCGUCUACCUUUAUUUGUGCAUGAGUGGAGUUAUAAGUUCAAUCAAGGUGAUGGUGUGAGUACCAGCUGUACACAUUUCUUAUGUUUGCAUUAAAUUGUUCUUAAAUGAUUGUUGCUUUGUCCAAGUUAAAAAAAAAUUAUCAGCUUUGUGCAAUGCCUUACUGCAAAAGAAGUCAACAGUUCUAUGUCACUGCUGUUAAGAUAUCUGUAAUAUUAUAUUAUUGUUGGGGAAAAAACAAGAUUUUUUUUUUAUGAUUCAAGCCAUUAAAGAUUAUUGCACAAAAGAUUUUCUAUUUUGUGAUUAUUCAUCAAGUUUUCUUCUCACAGUUUGGUGAUACUUUGAAUUUCCACUUUAUUUUUCUCAAUGCAGCAUUUCCUAAAUAUCACAGCAACACAAUAACAACAAAAAUCAGAAAACGGGUCAAACAUGAACUUCAGAUUCAUAACCCAGGCACUUCUCCAUAUUCAGUUUAAUCCAUAAUGUGCAGCUGGUGUGCAGUUGUGUUGUUUUUUUUAUAACUGAUAUAUAGUUGGAACCAGUCUGCAGUGAUUUUUGAUAGUUGUGAGGAAUGCACCCACUGUCUGCAACCCAGUUCACUUUGAGUCAAAACACCUACCUCCCCAGGUCUUAUCUCAUCUUUGAAGAGUCUUUUUAAUCAAACCAGCACAGGACAAGGUUUAUUUAUUUUAUUUAGUAGCAUUAAUAUGCGCCUGAUACUCCAAAUUUGAUGUUAAUUUGAUACUUUGAUUUUAAAUCAGUCAGAUAACUUUGUCACAAAACUCAAAUCACUCCCUGAGAAUGAUAAUUUAACCUUUCAGUCCUCUCCAGAUCUAGUAUUGUUUCGUUUUUUAGCCGUUUUUUUCUGGUAUUUCAAAUUUACCACCACAAUUUGCUCAGCACAGCACAUUACUAGAAAAAUUUGCAUUGCUGGCCCUUCAUAUAUGUUUCAAAGUUUUUAUUUGCACAUUUUCAUGUGGUAGAUUUUCCUGACUUUUAGUUUGGUGCAUGUUUGGGAAAAAGUAUGGGUGCCUUGCAUCUCAUGGGCCAAGUUUACCAAAAUGUUCUCAUGGACAAUUUUUUUAAAAAUGUUGAAAUGCUUCUUUAAUAGCCAGCCCCUCUCGGUCCAAGAAUUAGGUCAAGACUUUUUUCAGCUGCGCCUGUUUGAAGGGCAGACGAGUGACUUCGUAAAGUCACAUUUAAAUGCCUGAGUCUCUGUGCCUGCCUGUGACAAAGCUCCAUGUUUACAUUACAGUAGCAGGUGACUUUGAGUUUCAGGCUCAUACACUGUCCCAGUAUGGCUCGUCGAGGAUUGGUAAACAGCCACCUCACAAAACAUGCUGCUGUCACUGUGACGGCAGGAUCAUCUGAUGGGGUGACUGGAGCAUAAAUAGCCAGGGGUCAGCUGUCUCAUGGGGGUAUGUGUUGGCAGCCUGUGUUUUCAGAGUGACUAUCCAGCCAUCGGUCUUGUCUUCAUAUUAAUGUGACCUUGGAUCUGUCAGCAUCCUGAUUACAUGCCUUGGAGCUUUACCAAACACACCCCUCUUAGAACAAUGUAGGACUGCAAGUCUUUCCAGUCAGGCGUCUAGCAGGAGCGAUUUGAUUUUUCCUCAGUUUAUCCUCAAUUUACCGGUAAUCCUCAGUCAAUGAAAUCCGGGAAAGUGUGCAAUCUGGGUUUUCUUUAUCAUAUCCUGGUUUAGUUUUUGGCAGAACUGUGUCAGUUUAUACAUUAACUUGUUUUUGACCAAGUCAUUUCCUC